AAGAUGCAGCGAGCGUUUAUAGCUCUGCUCACACUUUCUCUUGGGACAGGAGCUGCUCCCAGGUAUAUCUGUACCUACUAUGAUGUCAUUGAGUACCUGAACAUCUCCUCUCACAGCAAGCUGCACGCACACAUACUGCCAAAGACGCACUGGAAGGAACCCAUGGAAGUGGUGGUGGAUUUUAUGCUGAUAGCAAUUCUGUCUGUGGCUGAAAAGCUCCAGACCGUCACUUUUUAUUUCGUGUUGAGCUUGGAGUGGACAAACACUUUUGCCACCUGGGACCCGCGGGAUUUCUGUAACAUUUCUAAAAUUGUUCUGCCCCUGGAUUCAUUCUGGUCACCCCCAAUCUUCAUUUUGGAAAGAGUGAACGAACAGAAGUCCAACUUGGAGUACAUUGCUGUCACACACAACGGCACCUUCAACACCACCCUGCCCUUCCAGGUCACUCUAACGUGCAGUUUGAUGAUCCUCAAGUUCCCCUUUGACACCCAGACAUGCAACGUGAGCAUUGCUUCAUUUCUCUACCCAGUAACAGACCUUUCCAUGAAAGUGAAACGGACACCAGCUGAGAUGCUGGUAAACAGCCAGAGCUUCUUCCUAACUGAUGGAGAAUGGAAGUUCACCAACCUGAGCAUCAGUGAAUACAUGGAAGAAAUGGAUGAUGGAGAAUUUCCUGUGAUCACCUAUAUGAUUUCCAUGGAGAGACGACCCACUCUGUAUAUUCUGAACCUUAUCCUCCCAACAUGCGCCCUGUACCUGCUUGACAUGGCUGUGUUGUUUGGACCCAGCUCUCUUGAGGAGAAAAUCAGUUUCCAGAUUUCCAUCAUUCUUGGCAGCUCCAUGUUAGCUGUGAUUCUCAACAAUAUGCUUCCAACUUCCUCCAAUGAACCACCCAUAAUAGUGCUCUUUUUCUUAGGCACCUUCCUGCUGAUGAUCAUGGCUGUGCUGGACACCUUCUUCCUGUUGCACCAUCAGCACAAAUCCCUACGCUUGGGCAAGGCUUUCAGAACUGUCCAACAAGGUAUGCACACUGAGCCACCAAUGACAACCAACCAGGCCAUGAAACAUCCUACCAAGAAGACCCAGGAGAAGGUGCAGCAAACCAAGGCCUACUGGGAGACAUCGGAACAGGACACAGUUCUGAUAGUUCUGGAGAAGGUGCUUCUCUACAGCCAUUUCUUCUUGUCACUCUUUUUUUUUGCUGUUAUUUCUAUAAAAUGGAGCAGUUAGGGACCAGCUCUGUGUGGUGCUCAAUCAGUCUUUCUCCAUUUUAUUUCUUCAAAGCCCUCUGCUGUAUUUUCUCUUCCUGCUUGAUUCAUAGAACAAGUUAUUUCAGUUGCCUAAAUUAGGAGAAAAAAAAACCCCAAACCAAACCACAACCAGAGCAUAAGGUCUGCAUCGUGUGUGCAUUGUAUUCUAGUUCUGUAAACAAACAUAUAUUCUGAAAGUGCUCCGUCGGCUAUCAAAGUAUUUAGAUACAACUAUAAUGGAACUGGAAGAGGACAUCUUAAUUCUAUCCAAUAGUAAUUCUUACAACUAUGUCAGAAAAAGGGACCUAGAGCCCUUUUUCAUUUAUGGAAAUGUUUUCAUUUUGAGGAAAGACAUUUAAGAAUUCCUACUCAGAUAAUUAAAUAAAUCAAUCAAAGUAUGAA